GUUCUGUAGCAGAUUGCUUGCCAAUUCCUUUCCAGCAUGAUAACUGAUUUGUUGCAGGUGAAAAGGGGAGAUGAGAGACAGGAGGAAGGCUUCGCUGCUGGACCACCUGAACUCUCCUGCAGACGACUGCUCUGUGCAGCAGGACAGGCCAGCGAGGGAGCCCCGUCCUUCCAGUUCUUCUGCAGCUUUCAGUGGGAUCUGAGGAGACGAGCCCUCAGUCUUUUCCAGCAGGCGGCCCGCAAGACGGUGAUUCGGUGCCGCAUGGACCGGAGACUGGCCUGUUUGAAGAAACUCUGCAGAACGAUGAAGAACUCGCCCUUGGCAAAGAAAGUCGAGGAGGACAGGACGUUUGAUCUGGAGAUCUCACCCGACAGGAUCUUUCCCUUUUCUUUCCCCGUUUUCUCUGCAUUGGCUCCCAGUAAUCGGGUCGAAGUGCCCGUGGAUCCCAUCGAUGUGACUGUGACGACACAUGUUCCUUUCUUCAAGCUUCAGGUUCCACAGCACUAUAAGCUCAUGGGCUACAGACCCGUGUCAGUCUGGGAGGCGUUUAACUCGUACAUCCCAACCUCUCUGUCCAGACCACUUCGCACUGCGAAUGAGCCGGUGCCCAAUGAGGCUGUGGAGGCAUGGGGGGAUCAGCAGAAGGAUGAGGCAGAGGAGGCUGUCUGUCUCUCCUUCAGCGCCCCUGAAGCUCUGCUCACACCUUUUCCAGCAAACCCACUCAGAAUCUUUAACCCAGCUCCAGGCCUGCAGGCGUACAAACCCACCCCCAAAUACCUGGAGACUGACCUGGAGUUCCACCUCUGCCCUCUGCGCAGGUAUCCCAUCCCUGAGAGCAGCAGGUGUGGCAGAGGGACGCAAACCCCAAACACUCAGAAGAAGCAUCUGGACCGCAAGGAAGGGCUCGCUGGCUUCAUGACAUGGAAGGAUUUAGAUUCGAUCACCUCCAAGUUUCUGUCCAGCCAUCCGUCUCCCAGCAGUGACUUCGCCCAUCGCAGGUCUGUGGACUGCAGCACAGAUACACUUCCCCUCAAAACACCUCCUCUCCGCGGCCCUCCUGAUGAUCUGCCUCCACUAAUGGACCCGCCGUGUGAAGGCGUCCAGCUAACAACGGAGAUAAUCAGAGCGCAGUUCUUGUCGGAGCAAGCUCUGGUCUCCAAUAGCAACCUCAGUAAAGGCACAGCAGCCAGGCACCAGAGGGAGAUUCAGACGGAGGCGACCCACAGCUCUCAGUUCAACCAGAUGGGAGGAAGAGUGAUGAGCCGGCUGAAGCAACUUGAAGUCACUGAUGCAGCUUCAGGGGAGCACUGAGAAUAGGCUCACCUCCAAAUGCACAUAGUCAAAUAAACAAAUAAACACUAUCACAUGUAUUGUAUAACUGUAGGAGACUGUACACUGUUUCCCCUGCCACUGCUGUUAAAUAAAACCUGGUUACUCUCACCCACGCUUAAACCUCUCUCCCACCUACUCAAAAUGUCCAGUAAGCUCUCCUCCUGUGCUUUUACAAAAGCCUGGGAAUUCGUUAUCCCUACACCCACACACCUCCAUAAUAAGCACAGCUACAGUAUAUCUAACAAGCUGCAUCACAUCACUGCAUUCAGUUAAAAAAGUACAUUUCUUCGCUGUAGUUCAUGGAGUACUGUAUGUCCAAUGCUUAUUAAUGAUAAAUUAUCAUA